AUGUACAUGAUCCUAGAGGGGUUACCUGAAAAGGAUUACGUCUGCGUGAAGUGUCGUCUGAUAGAGCAGGUGGAAACUCUGGUUGAGUUUAGAAGGGGGUUCGAGGAGAUGAUGGAACGCAGACAGGAAGGGGCCGAAGAGUCCUAUUGUGGUUCCGCUGGCUUAGUGGUGGAAGGAACUGAGGCAGUAGUGGGUGCAGUGCCUCAUUAUAUAGCUUCACCCUCAGAUCAUUUGGAAAUGAUAGUACACUAUUCAGAUCAGGGACUUUUAUUGACUAUUUCUGGACUACUGCCUAGUACAAUGGGACCCAACAUGGUUAAAGCCUUUAGGAAAUACUCUAAUCUUAUUCAUUCAGGUAUUUAUCUCUCCGACUUGACGUAUAUUGACUCCGCAUACCCAUCUACAGGGAGCAUUCUGGAAAGCGAGCAGAGAUCAAAUUUAAUGAACAACAUACUUAGAAUAAUCUCAGAUUUUCAGCAGUCCUGUGAAUAUGAUAUUCUUCUGUUGCCUCAUGUCCAAAAAUACUUGAACUCAGUUCAGUACAUAGAAGAGCUACAAAAGUUUGUGGAAGAUGACAAUUACAAGCUUUCAUUAAAGAUAGAGCCAGGAACCAGCACCCCUCGUUCUGCUGCUUCCAGAGAAGAUUUAGUAGGCUCUGAAGUAGGAGCAUCUCCACAAAGUGCACGGAAAAAUGUUGCAGCUGAAGGAGCAUUGCUCCCACCAACUCCUCCAUCACCUAGGAACCUGAUACCACAUGGGCAUAGGAAAUGUCACAGCUUGGGAUACAAUUUCAUACACAAAAUGAAUACAGCAGAGUUUAAAAGUGCAACAUUCCCCAACGCAGGACCAAGGCACCUAUUGGACGACAGUGUCAUGGAACCUCAUGCACCAUCCAGAGGGCAAGCAGAGAGCUCCACCCUUUCUAGUGGAAUUUCAAUAGGUAGCAGUGAUGGUUCAGAACUUAGUGAAGAGACUUCGUGGCCAGCAUUUGAAAGGAACAGAUUAUACCAUUCUCUCGGUCCGGUGACAAGAGUGGCACGAAAUGGCUAUCGAGGCCACAUGAAGGCCAGCAGUUCUGCAGAAUCUGAAGAUUUGGCUGUUCAUUUGUAUCCAGGAGCAGUUACUAUUCAAGGUGUUCUCAGGAGGAAGACUUUAUUGAAGGAAGGCAAAAAGCCUACCGUAGCAUCUUGGACAAAAUACUGGGCAGCACUGUGUGGAACCCAGCUUUUUUACUAUGCUGCAAAGUCUCUGAAGGCUACAGAGAGAAAACAUUUCAAAUCUACACCAAGUAAAAAUGUGUCAGUGGUAGGAUGGAUGGUGAUGAUGGCUGAUGACCCAGAACAUCCUGAUCUCUUCUUGCUGACUGAUUCUGAGAAGGGAAAUUCAUACAAGUUUCAAGCUGGUAACAGAAUGAAUGCAAUGCUGUGGUUCAAACAUCUGAGCGCUGCAUGCCAAAGCAACAGACAACAGGUUCCUGCCAACUUGAUGUCUUUUGAGUAAAAAGCUAAUUCAAAACAUGAAAGAGAACAAUUUGAUGAACUGUUUGUCUCAUAAUUUGAGCAUGACGUCCUGAAGAAAGCGUGCCAGCUAUACAUUUAUUUCUGUGCCAGAACAGAACCUAAAGGCUCAAUCUCUAAAUGCUGGAGUACUAACAGUUUGGGGAAUGGAUUCCCUGAGUGAAAAAUGGAGUUGCAACAUGAAUUGCCAUGGACCAUGCUUAAUAUUUUCUGAACUGACCUGUGGAAACCACUGCCUUAAAGAGUGAAAGGAUAACCAACAUGAAACACCAAAUAGUGUGUGUGAAACUAAUGGCGGUGCUGUGCUUGGAUUAAAUAGGUUGUAGCUAAUCUGCAUUUCUUUUCACUUUAUACUAAUUUGGGGGGGGGGGGGGAAACCACCUUUUUAGUAUUCUUUAAAAAGGGUCUAACCAUAUUCUUAAGGGUUGCAUCAACAUCUGGGUUUAGACUAAGGAUAUAGCGGUACUUACACAUUCUAGGGAUGGUGUUUAGACUAUAUUAGCAGCCUUCAAUUGGAGCUUCUCUCAGGCUCACUUGAGCUGGAGCAUCAUUAAUUUUCUCAGACCUAGACUAUGAGAGCUGUAACAAAUGCAACUUUUUUUCUUUUUUUGUUUUAAGUACUAAACUUGGUAACCUUAGUACUGUAUAGGAACCUUACUUCUUGCCAGUGGCACAAAGGCUGAGUGUUUGUACAGCACGCUUUUUCUUGUAAGCAGGAUUGUGAUACAUGCUUGUCUAGUUCCUGGUUGAAGAAUAGUCUGUUUUGGAUUUAAUUGGGAGCUGUGAGGUGUCAUCAGGUCAGAACUGAGUGUUUUCUUCUCAUUGUGUUUUUACACUGGUUACUUUCCUGCAUGUGGUGGUUCCACUACACAACAAACACUGGAUAUAGCUCACAGAGAUGUUUUCCUUCUCUGGAGGAAUGUUUCCCUAGGUACAGUUAAAGGGAGGGAAAAGCAGAAGACACUCUCUCAGGGUAAGAUCCUUCAGAGUAUCAGUUUUAUAAGACCUCAUUUUUUACAGUGUUUGAGAGACACAAUGUCAAAGUUUCCGUAUUUUCAUUUUGAAAAAAAUGGUUUUAAUUAUCUGUAUUGUUCAAGAUUUAGGAGCUCGAACUGUAUUUGCAAUUUUUAGAGAAGUUUAAUCUAGGAAAGAAAAAUAGGAUGGACUAGAUAAUCAAAACCUUUUUCCUAUAUAUGAAUAAUUCUUUGUCACUAAAUAUACUUCCUCAAAAAAUUUAAAAUCCCAAACAGGAGGACAAAUUUGCUUUGUUCUAUGCAUUAGAUUUUCAUUCGUGCCUUAUUUUGGGUUCUUUUAAGUUACUUAAUUAUAGUCUCUUGUCACAAAGCCCUAUUUAAGAUUCGGAACAUUGAUCUUCAUAAAUAUGGAAGAAAUUCCAAUAGUGUCCAGGAAAACUUCUUGAAAAAAUAGUAGAUAUUCCCCUGAGAUUGUAAUUUAAAAGCAGUAAAUAAGCUUACAGGUGCACCCCUAGAUUUUCUAAAACUAUCCAGUAGUCUCUUGUAAUGAGUUCUUUUGAUAAUCUAGGGGGGCGGGAAAUUCCGGAGGUGGUAAUUUGUUUGGUAAUGUACAUUUCAUUUACUAAAUCAGGGUAAGGGGAUAGAAUUUCACACAUUAAAGUUCCCAAAAUCAAUAUCACAUUUUCUUAACAGAAAUCAUUCGUUUGUGACUGAUGAGGCAGAGGAGGAAGGUUGCUGUCCUAUUGAGAGAACAAACUAGCAUAAAGAGAGAUCCGUUCUGGGGGAAGAGAGAGGUGGAAAGUUGGGGCAUUUCCAAAUGUUACUCUGUGAAAUCUGUUUUUGGUAUAAAGAGGAUAUAGUAGAUGCACACUUCCGUGUCACACUUACACAAUUUGGUGUCACUUUGUAUAUCUCUUUCUGUGGAGAGUGAAUAAUCAGUUCUGAUCCUGAAGUAGUAUAUCUUGAAAGGAGGUUGCUCGUGACGAAUCACUUUUCAGUUCAAACAUCACUUAACCCAUGUUGGGUGUAAAACAGAGACAACAUCUUAAUAGCCAACAGUAUUACUGUAAUAGAUUUUGCACAGCUUUAGUUUUUGGUUUGCAUUUUUAAAAUUACUUAGUGUAUGUUUCUUCUCAAAAGUGUUUUUUAACAAAAUGUGUGUACUUUUUUUAAGCAUUGUGUAUGGUAACCCUGUGGAUUUUGAAUUUUUUUAAUAAGCUAAUUUAGAUGCAUCGCAGGUUUAUAUCUAUUCUUAUGUUUGUGAGAGGAAACAUGAAACUGGGAGCCACAGCCUGACAUCACACAGCUUUGCUAAAGACAGUUGGGUCAGAAGGUGUUGUUUUUGUUCUUUGAAUUUAUCCAGCUGUAUUUUCUUCUGUUUUUAUGGUACAUAGAGUAAGAUGGGGAAAGCAGUGCUGAGCCCUUGUCAAUAGUCACCAUUAGAUGAACUGUUGCCUGUAGCUGCUCUCUACUUAUUUAGACAUCAUAUAUCAUUUUGAUCUUUAUUUUUCUAGCCUCAAAUAUCUCAUUUUUCAUGGGAGAACUGUUGAAAAAAGAAGCCUCUUAAAAUGUUUAGCAAGAGUAAUGAGAGAGAAUGAUUAAUGAAAACAUUUUUAGAUACUUAGUACCAGAAGUUCAAUAUUUAGUUCUGUUUUAUCCCGUUAGUGUUUAUGUGGCAAUCUGAAGGAUUACUGGAAUUAAGACUUCACAUCUUUUGAAUUGGAAGAUUAUUAGGGACAAGUGAUUUUUUUCUCUCCUGAGAGGAAACCUGUCACAGAAAGCUUAAAUAGAAUGACAACUCAAAUCAACUAUGAAGAGCACAGUAAUCCACUUCUCUGUAAAAAGUAGUAGUUAAACAAAACGUUUAAAGUAGUAAUGGGAAAACAAUACAGCAGCCCGAUAUAGACAGGUAAGGAUGCACUAUCCAGAAUGUCAGCCAGUUGAUUGUGUUUGUCUUUGGUUUAUCUUGCAAUGUUUUUCGUUAGUUUUUACUUUCGGUAACUGUUGAAACUUUGCAGCUAACAUUCAUAACUUUGUUUUGUUGUAUUUAUAUCUUUAGCUGAAAGAGGUCUCUUGAGAUGUCUUGCAGAACAAAAGAUCCAUUAUUACAGGAAUCUGGACAAAAAUAGUUCAGAGUAGAUCUUCCUGGCUGGGUUAUAUGUAAAUGUUGAUCAUCUGCUGACUGGUAUACAAAGGCACUUUUUCACAGUUCACUUCCUACAAGAUUUUUAGUUUAAACACCAACAGAGAAUCCACCCAGUUUAGAGAAUUAGUUGUGGUGAUACUAAAUGUAGUGCACUCCUAAUACAUCUCUGGCUAUCGUAAAUUGAAGUACUAAAUGCUAACUUAAUUUUCACUUUCUAAUUUAAUGCUGUUUCUUCAUAACUUCAGCUACAUUUAAUCAAAUGCCUUCCAUUUCAGUGUUCUUAAAGAGCUAUUGUUAGUCACAAUUCAUUUUACAAAAUGGGAUCUAUACAAUUUGAGUUAAUCUAGGCAUGUGCUUCAUUUUACUAACCAUUUCUUGUGGAAAAUGCCGUUGAAACAUUGCCCAAAUUACUCUGAUUCAAUGUGCAUUUGAGUUAAGUAUGUGCCACCUGGUUUUAAUACCCAACUUUUAACCUUUCCUACAAGGAACUUUUCAUAGAUUCUAACAAGCAGAUCAGUAAGAUCUGAAAAGCUCACUAUGCUGAAAAUCGUGGCAGGGCGUUCUUCACUUCCUCAAUUCUGCACUCUCACAUGUGGUCCUUUUGGGGAAUUGACUAUUUGUUAACUUUUCCUCUCGGAAUUCAGAUGUGUUAUAAAAGAAUUUGCAGCAAUGUUAUUGCUGCUAGCAGUACAUUUACUACUGAAAAUGAAAACAUAAAAGAAACAAACUAUCAAGGAAACACGAAAGAAUGCAACGCAGUUGCAUCAGUUUAUUUUUGUUGAUUGACAUUAGCUAUGUAGUUUAAUGCUAGUUUCCUUGCCACAUUUUAAGUGCGCUUAUUUGCAAUUAAAUUUUUAGAAGACUGUAAUCUUCCACCGUUAAUGAGAAACGUAAGAAGGUUGUCAACUGGAAGAUGCUUUCCCUUCCAACAGAAGUAAAUGUAGCUUUGUGCUGCUAAGGCACUGUGGGCAGUUGUAUCCCUUUUGAUAAAAGGAAAAUUGUGUGGUGGUGUUUUUCUGGCUCCUGGAGUGGCAUUUUUCUUCAUUCUCCUCCUCUGGUAUUUUCAUUCACAAUCAGUAGAAGUCCUAAUCUUUUCCAGCUAUUUUAGUAUACCGCCUGCUCUAAGCUUCAGAACACUAGACCUGGUACUAAAUCACACCAAUGAGUUGUUUGUUCUUGCUACGAGGUCAACUUUUAAAAACAUAAUUAUUUAAAUACCAACCCUUUCAUUUUUUCUUUGCCUUUCCCUAAAAAUGGCUUGUGUCUAAAGUAAACAGAUUUGGUGUUUGGGAGAGUUGUAAUUGAAGGAAUCUAUAUAAAUGAAUGUUGAACUACUUCAGUGGGUACAAAUGAACUUCUUUCUGGUCAUCAUCCAAACUUUUGUGGGGAGGCAGACACUUGGAUCUGAGAGAGACUGGUCAGUGCCUUAUUGUCAGUUUAGAGUCCAGUUCUAUUGUUCUAGAGCUGAAAAUAUAAUAGCAACCACUGGACUGAAUUACUUUCCCUGAUUUCUGUAGUGUGUACCCUCUUUCCCAACAUUUUUACUUUCUAACAGAAGGAAUUAGUCAAUUUUGGUCUAUGUAAGAUAGAUAUGGUUUAAAUUACUAAACUGUUUUUCUAGGUUUGGUAAUUUUUUUUAGCAGAAGCAGCCAUUGACAGAUUUGUCUGCGGCUUUUAUCAGAACUGUCUAAACCAUCUUGUAACAAUUUUGCUUUAAAAUAUGAAACAUUUGUAAUGUCAAGCAUAAGAGGAAAAAAAGCAGCAAGAAUAAAUAAGGAUCAGAGGGCAUUCUGAGUAAUUUCUAGUGUUUGUGAACUUUAGUUCUCCUAGCUUAAAAAUGAGGAUUCUCUUCCUUUUUAUUCCUUUGAAACACUAUACUAUACAAAUGUGAAAGGACUAUACCUACUAACCUUUUUUGUUAAUUUAGAAUAAAUAUCAAGGAGAAACUUCAAAAAAAAAAAAAAAAACUGGACAAACUGUAUAUUGUAGUUUUUCUUGACAUACUUUAAGCUCAUUUCUUCAGGGGUGGUUUGUUCUAUUUCUAGUGUCAUACCAUUUAGUGAAAAUUAAGUUUCCCUACAAGAGAUGUGUGAGCUUUGAAGCAUUAAGCGUUGAAGCACAUAGCUUUGGAGGGAGAAAUUAAUUAAUAAGCUUUCACACAUUGAGGUUCUUUUAGCAAUGGAAGCCACAUACAAUAGAAUAUUCAUUUUCCUCUAAGACAUUAUGGUAGAAAACAGAGCAUUUCCUCUGCAGUGUUUUUAACUUCAGAUGUUUGAAAGGAAAAGCAUAACCAAGCACAGACAUGAUCAGCCUUAAAGGGUUCUUCAGUGACAAUUGAAAGGAUUAGCCCAAGGUGAAGAAAGCAGAGGUUUGAAUCUAGCCAUGCAUGUUACAGAACAGAGUUGAGGAUUUUUCUCAAGGACUAUUGCUUAAAAAAAAAAGUGCCACAAUGAGAUGGAGGCUUUUGCAGAUCACACUGUGGUGGCUCAUUUCUGGACCUUUUCCUCAAACAGCCAGGAGUAACAUAAACAUUCAGUUUCUUCUGUGCACUUGAUUAGCAUCAAAUUUACCUUAGUGGAAGAGGGUUGUGGCCUCCAAUUCCCCAGCAAAACUCUUGCCAUUCCAGAACUCCUCCCAAAUAUGGUCCAAAAGUAGUAAAAGUUGACCAAUUAAAUAGGGGAAAAAAAGCAUCUUUAGGGUUCACCCGUUUACAGAGCCCUUGACUCCUUGCAUACAGAUAAAUACACCUAUUCAAGCCCUACUGUAGUAGUGCAGAGGCUGGGGAAAUCAUACUAUCUAUAAUAAUCCAGGAAGAAAAAACAAAGAUUGUUUAUCAUAUAAACACAAGCCAUUUUUAAUGUUAUUCUUCCAUGUUGACUUCAGAUGCUAUAGUGAUAGUAAUUGCACUAUGACCUCUAUGAGUGACGUGCAGUUAGACUGUCCUCUAGCUUUUUUUCUUCUUCUUUUUUAAAUACUUUAGUGUGGGUGUGUGUGAAAUUGUAUGUUUGCAUAAGCUAGUUUAAAAUUACUUUAAGUACCAAUUUCAGAAAUCUUUCCUACUGAAAUAAAUUAUUUAAAAUGUGGAUUUGUGUGAACUAUCAGUUUAUUUUUCAUAAGCAUAUUGAUAUUGCAGCCACUCUCGAGCACAGAAUUUGGUUCUUUCCAAAUACAUUGAUGCCCAGGAUCAGCUGGAAUUUGUGUAUUAUAAGCACUUUUCAAUGGUCUUGUGAAG